CUACGAUGUAUGUCGGACCACACCCCCAGAGAUCUGUCUCAUCUACAGCCCUCUCCAUCUGUCACGAACACCAACUUGCUGCGACGUCGUGAAAACCGGCAUCACCGACAUGGUGGUCGGAUUGACUACAAAUUCCAGCAGGCCCUGUAUGCUUGACUGAACUGUGAUUAUACAGCACUUUCAUGCGAUGACAAGAUGAUGGUUGCGUCUGCGAUUCUGGUAAUAUACUCGUAUAGUCCAUUCGAGUGGUGCAAACCGCAUCGGUGUGCGGCUCCUUCACGACUAGGUUUCCCGCUAGUCAUCUCACGUUGUCCUCGUCCAAGGUUUACCAGCGGACUACGAACUCUCUCAAACAUCGUGUCGAAAAGGCUGCCAAUCGCUUCUCAGUGGGAGUCAUUCCCCGUUCUUUUCGGCCCAUCUCGCAAGGUGGCUUCCAAGGCACUGAAUACUUCUAUGUGCCUCGAUAAGAACAUGACUAGCGGUAUCUCACAGCGCAAGAUCCCAUUCGACAAUCCGCAACGCAGUACUGAUUUGCGGAUGUCUCGGUAUCUUUCAGAAGCUCUGAAGGUUUCCGGCGCAGGACCACGCUCUGCCUAUAACACAAACCUGCACCUCCCCACAUCCCAUGCCAUAUCCUUCAUUCUUAGCCGCAGACCUUGAGAUAUGUCAACCGCACAACUUGUACAGACCGUGGCCACCUUGUAUGCGAGUUCGGACUGCGCCGUCGCCGCUCUCACUAUCUUGGUGUAUGAUUGCGUUCUAUCCUUUGCUGAAGAGCUUUCGUGCAUCUGGCACCCGAAGAGGCGGAUUAGCGCCGCUUCCCUUAUAUACACCGUCAGCCGUUAUGUGACCA